GUUCUUGGCCUUUUUGCUCCCUGCACUCCUUUGGCAGUCUGGCAAAGCCCUCAGGCCCCUUCUCAGAAUAACAUUUUUAAGUGUAUAAAAUAAAAAUAUGCGGGAUUACAAAGGAAAUUGAUUUUACUGAAAUAUAGUUAUCAAAAUAUUUUUUUAAGUAUGCUAGAAGUAAUGUGUUUUUGUUAAUGCAUUGAGCAAUAAGCUCAGCAGUGGGUCUAGUUAUUGUAGCUUUGACACGGUGAUGGACAUACAGGAAAUUUGAGCUGUCCAACAGCUGUGACUGGAUGUAUGAGGGUACCGUGAUGUCUGUCUGUGACAGCGCACAUGCUGCUGAGACUGCUGUGGUUUAUAGCCUGUGUUUUAAACAGAACAAGAUGCUCAAUGAUAAUUUAGAGGUCGAUGAAAAUUGUAUGUGGUUUUUAAUCUCAAUUUCAUGGCGUUCUAUCCGUAGACCCUUGGGGAAGGGGUUCUGGCCUGCAGUGUAAGAACCCCUGCUGUAGGGUGAGUGGGUGCCAUGUAUUUCUUUGGGGUGCUCCCAAAUGCCAGAAUGUGGAGGACUUCACUCUAGGAUUGAUCUCAGGACACACACAAGAAGUCUUGGCUUGUGUCACACAUUUUACUCAGUUUUUUUAGAGACCAGCCUCUCUUUUUGCCCAGGGCAAACUUUGUGUUGUGGUUGAGGGGUGGGCAGAAAGAACUUGCUGUAAUAGCUUUGUCCAUCUUCAUGUGGAAUUUUAACUCGCCUUCAGUUGUAGCCCCAUUUCUAUACUCUAGCUUGAGCGCAACCUCCACUUGAAACCUUGCUUUUUGUCAGAAGUUUGCAAAAAACUUGGUGAACUCUUCUUGCUUACUAAUGAAUGUCCUUUAUGGUCCCUUCCCUCCACCCCAACUCCCCCCAACCCCCACUACUCUGGAACUAUUAAUUCUUACAUCUGUGUACUUUUAUUUCUGUAGAAUGUCAGAAGGCCAUACUAGUUCAAUAUACCAUCCUGAAUCAAAAGCAGGAAAAGCUCUUACUUAAAAUUACUACUUUAUUUAGAUUCCUUUAUAAAAGAAAAAAGUUGUAAUAUCAUGUUCGUAUACUUUCUAAGUCAUAUAAAGAACAGCGAACAUCAGAGCAGUGAGUUUAUAGCUAGUUGAAGUAAGAAGUCCUUUGCGGUGAGUGUGGUUCAGUGCUCUGUGAGAAGACUUGUGUGAACUAGUAACACUCAUCACCUCUAAGGCAUAGUAAAGCCGCAUAGUUGAUGCGUGUCCUGGUUUUAUUAGUGCUGUCAGCGCAUCUCAUCUCUUCCUUUGCUUUACAUAGAUCAGAUACUUUGUCACUUGUAGUGAAGGGGUUGGCCUGGGUGCUGUAGGCCUGCAUGUUUUGUGCGGGGGCAGAGUCACUCAUCUGGAUCGCUGUAAUAUUUGAUUUAGAUACAUUGAAUGGGAUCUCAUCUCGGCGUAGUUAAGCUAACCUUCAUGGGAGCUGCCGCAUACUGAAUGAUUUCUGGCUCUCCUUGUGCCCGCUGAAUAAAUCGAAGGGCCAGAAGCAGGGUAAGCAUGUUCGCUACCUUAAGAGCCACCAGCUUCUCCACACAGGUUGGAGAGGGCAUCUUUUUGACUUUGUGAGCCACGUUGUCUCUGUCAUAGCCAAGCAGCCUGAAAUAACACGAAGGAAGGGGUGGUGUGACCACUUUCCAGCAGAACCUUAUUUACAGGAGGCCAGGCCGACGUUUACCAACUCCUGACUGGAGUUCUGUGCACAUGCUUGCUGCGUGCUGUCAGUUGGGGAAGUUUAGGCACUUUGGAAACUCUACGGCAUCACCGAAGAGUUUGCUGCGUAGGAAAUCACGAAGUAGGGAUUACGACGUAUACAGCGAUAGCGAUGUCUGCGGUCGGGAACCAGAAGAUAACUUUGCUAAAGAGCUGCAGCAGUAUAUUCAGGCCAAGGAAAUGGCCAAGGCUGCUCAGUCCUUGCCAGUCCCUUUGGAACCCGUGGAGAAGGAGAGAGCGCAGGGCACCCAGAAAGCUGGUAAACAAAAAAAUAAAAACCUUAAAGCUGCUCGCAAGAAUGGUAAACAGAAGAAAAUGAAGCGGAAAUGGCCUGGUGCUGCAGAGAAGGGCUCAGAUACUUAUUCGGGGAACAGUGGCUCGCAGGGUGGUAAACCUAAAGAGAAGCAGCAGCGCAUGAGGUUGAGCCCAGGGUUCAUCAGCCAGCACACUGUGGAGCGCAGGGGGAAGCAAGUGUGUAAAUACUUCCUCGAAAGGAAAUGUAUUAAGGGAGACCAGUGUAAAUUUGAUCAUGAUGCAGAGAUAGAGAAGAAAAAGGAAAUGUGUAAGUUUUAUGUACAAGGAUAUUGUACCAGAGGUGAAAACUGUCUAUAUUUGCAUAAUGAAUACCCUUGCAAGUUUUACCACACAGGAACAAAGUGUUAUCAGGGACAGCACUGCAAGUUUUCACAUGACCCUCUGACUGCUGAAACGCAAGAACUGUUAGCCAGAGUUUUGGAUACUGAAAAGAAGUCAUCAUGAAAAUAAAAUACCCAAAAAAGCUUUGUAUAGACGAAGAGUGCUUGUGUCUGUGCCUGUUCGGGACUGUUCAAGACUGGUGAUAUGGACUGGUUUACCAGAUUUCUCAUUUAAAGCACCUUCUUGUGUCAUUACGAUCACAUGCAGCUUUUUUAAUGGAUGGUGUGGAAUGACAAAGUCUGGUGUAUAAGUGAAGGAGCUGGUCUCCACCGAGCUGUUCCAGCCACUGCUGGGACGGGAGAGGAAAGAGAUGGCGGAGCUGCCGACGGGGUCAGUGUGAGGGUGGGAAAGGGCAGCAGUAUCUUCUGACACAUUGUGUUUUCUCAGUGAGAUAGGCAGCAAGGUUAUGCCGAGUGAGGGUGGGUGAUGCGCAGAAGUGUGCAGCAAGGGCCAUUCCUGUCACUGCGCAGUUGCACUGCUCUGGUGAUGGCUACUCCCAUUUCUGUCUGUGGCCUGAAUUAUGGUUCUGCCAUUUUUUACCCAGUUUCCCGUUGUUGGACAUUUGUUUUCAGUUUCUCACUAUUAGAAAUAAAGUGGAACAGUGUCUCUUACUCUACCAUUCCUAAACUUGGAAUCUUAACAUUUUUGUUGUUAAGCUAUAAGGAUGGUUGUCUUUCUCAUUGGUUAGUGAACCAUAAUCAGAUUACACACUUGUGUAAAUGUAAAUUUGAGUGCGAUGACGUCUGUAACAUAAUAUUUGAAUAUAAAAUUUUCCAAGCACAAAUAAUAAGAUGAAAAACAUGCAAUUUUA